AUGAAGCCCCAGCGGGAACCAGCUUACUCCUCACUUCCGGCCCAAGCUCCUCACUUCCGGCCCAAGCGCCUCACUUCCAGUCCAAGCUUCCGGGUCCUCUCCCUGUGGCAGAGACUCCACCAACAGUGCCUGGAAUUGCCUGGUCUGAUGAGGCUUCCCCGGUGUACCAAGCCUCCCCGGCCCAACCCAGCCUUCCUGCUCCCCUCCGAGGAGCUGUCCCACCGCCCAGUGGUCUGCUUCUCACGUGUGGAGCUGUGUCCGUUCCGCACCCAGAACGGGGAGCCCGUCAGCUGCAGUGGGGAGGCUGGGGUAUCCCUGGAAAAGUGCCCUGGAAAGGCCCCUUCCCUGAACUGGAAGAAAAGCCCUCACCCCACAGCCUUCCCCAGCUUGGCCGAGACUCAGACUGGGUCUGGCGACAGCUCUGGGGUAGGGAGGAAGCCCAAGGACCUGUUAGCCUGCCACUACCCAGGACAGGAAAGACUUCAAGCAGUUUCAAAGGCUCCGUAG